AUGCCCUUGUUGGAAUCAGUGCACCUGAGAAGCGCAUUGUCUCGCCUUCUACCAGCUUUUCCUUCAACCACGGUCCGCCCACCCACGCAACCAAAUACCUCUGUAUCGCCCAACAUAACCCGCCUUCGCCCUCCAGGCAUCAUGUCAAACAUCCACAUCCUACUACUCUCUUGGUUCCCCAAGCGACAACCCACCUCCCUCAUUUGCGGCCUUGAACUCACUCUCUCGCGCGCCACAUCCCUACUCUCCCUCGCGCAAUCCCUCUCGCAUUCUCUGCGUUUGCAAAAAUCCGCCAUUCAAGCCUUCCAAACCCUCACCGGCCUCCGCUCCAUCACCGCUCUGCGAGCAAUUCAAGAGCAACAUGCCCAAAUUCACAAAUCUCUUUCCACUCUCACCAUUGCCACCGCAUCAUCCUCGCAGCCAUGGCUCCACGAAUUGAGCGACGUGCAGACGUCCAUGCAGAGAAAAGUCAGAGUGUGUAAUCAAGCGUCAACAUCUUCACACGUGGGUCGUACUGAGGCAGCAAAAAUCUAUUGGCCCGUAAUCGCAGAGACGUACGACUUCUUGCUUGAUCUGCUGGCCAGUUUCGAACAAGAAAUAACCGUUGCUCUGAAGAAUAAAGACAUGUGGAAGUCGGGCAUGAAGAGGAAAUUGAUACAAAAGACUCAUUUGCAUGGGACGCAGCAUCGUAGCUCUGCAGGAUGCCAGAGUCAAAGGAAACGUAUACCAUCAUUGCACGAUGCACCAAGUGCCGACAUGGCAAGCAAAGAGGCGGGCGAAAAGCAUAUGCUCUGUAAGAAUAGGGAGUUUUUCGUCAAACUGGCCGAAGAUGGAAAGGAUACUUCAAAGAAGUUGCACAAGGAGCUAAGGCUAAGAAGGAGGGAGAUGAGCAAGGAUUGUGACAUGGAGAGUGGAGAGGACGAAUUGGAUUUUGAUACCAGGACGAGGGUCUUCUGUAAAUAA